AUGGAACUCGCGACAGUUACUUCCAUCGACUGCCCUGACUCUUUCGACAGUGCUUCUGAUAAUUUCUUCACUGCCGACGUCACAAUCAACAACCCCAGUGACCUAGUUCACUCGGCCCAAAUUGUUUUCCGUGGUUAUGUUUGCAAAGGAGCCAAACUUCAUUAUGAGUUUUUUCACGAGCAGCAAUGGGUUCUAGUUGAGCCAGGCGGUAAUAAUCAGCCCCAUGCGAUACAUCACAAAUCAAAUUUAUUCCAGGUGAAAAAUCGCAUAGAGCUGUUGUCGAUGUUUGGUUGCCCAGAUUCCCUCCAACCAUGAAAUUUCCCGAUGGAAGUGAGAUUAUAUAUUGUGUACGAGCUACCGUAGCCCCUUGGUUCGACAACAAAUACGUUGAAAGAACCUUCGAAGUCCGAAGAUCGCUUGUGUUGAAGAUGCCGCAUGAGGCGUGCUACUCGGUCGACCACAUGGUUAAUAAAUGUGUGGAGCAUGGGAGCAUCCUUCACAAGUGAGCAACAAUUCCGGAAAGCCUAAUGAGCUUUUCAUUUCUCAGGAAAUGCGAUCCAAUUAACGGGCACAUCUUUUUGAAGAAAACAGCCUUUCGGCACGGAGAAGACAUAGAUGUGGAAUGGGAACUAAAGACUGAAAAUUCUGCUUUCGAAAGUUUCACAUGCAAACUUGCGCAGAUGAUUGAGCUCCGGUAGGCUGUGGCGUCAGAGAAAAACGUCAAAGUUCAUAUCGCUUUCAGGGAAAGCGACCCUGGCAACUACCUAGCAACUAGACGAUUCUUCAACUUUUUGAAAGAAAAAAAGUCGUCGGCCAACUCCGUUUCCUUGGUGGUCCCUCCAGAAUGCUUUAUCUCCAUCCCAAUGUCCCUGUGGAAUGUGCUUGUUGUUAAACAUGAGAUCGUUUUGGAAAUCAAGAUGAAGAAGAGGAAGAAGCCCGUCGUGUUCAGAUAUCCCAUAAUCAUUUGCAGUGAAGAAGUGGUGGUAAGGAGCAUGAUCCGGAUUAUUACAUCGCUCUUGUUUUUCCACUUUCAGAAGCGGAAGCGCCCUCGUGAAGUUAUUCCCGUCUUUAAAAGGGUGCAAGAUGUUGACGACGAUACUGAUGACGACGACGACUAUGACUCAGAAGGCGAAGAAGAAGAAGGAGCGCAACCGGCUUCUCGCGACUACUCUGUUGACAUAGAGAAGCUCACCCUGACCAGUAUGUUUCUCUGUUUCCUCUUGCGUUGGGCUAUGAGCUCGAUAUUCUGCAGGCGUCACGGAGUCAGAACAAAAGCAGCUGGAGAGGGCCGAUGUUGGUGUUACAUUUGUCAUGAAUAGCUCUGAGCCACAACAAAUGCGAUCGUUGAGAUUGCUUCUGACCGGCGAGGUCAGAGUGGGAAGCCUAUGGUACGAGUUCCUACGAUUCAAAGCGAUUGCCAAUCUGAGUCACGACACACUCAUGUCCCCCGGACAACAUCAUGUCAAAUUUCAACUACCAUUUUCGGAAACACAAUACGACACUGCAAUCCUGCCUCCAUCCAUGGGCGACGAGAUUCGAUACGUAGUACAUGCGAGUACGGAAAGCCUCCGAAAGAAUGUGUUCCAACAAGAGUGCGACCUGCUGAUCGACAGAUUUGUUGACACUUGGGCCAAGGAAUCGUAUAAGCCCGGAUAUACGGAAGAGUACGGAUCGACGACGAUACAUCUGUCUCAGCGAUGCUUCAAACGGGGCAAAAAUGUAAUUGUGUCAUUGCAAGGAGACAAACCCCGUUCUGUAAAAGGGACAUUAGUGCAGAAACGACGGCUGCGAGUUCCGGAUGUCAAGAUUGAUGAGAGUAAUUGCAGCCAGCGAAGCGUCCGCGUUCUUGAAGAGAAAAUUAAUCGGAAGAGCCAUGUUCAUGUCAUGCAAAUCCCGUCCAAUAUCCCUCCGAGCAUCGAGAUUUCUUACUGGAAUGUCCUUCAAGUCGAAUACCAUUACGAUGUUGAAAUAACACUGGAAGGAGGUCACGCACAUAACCACUCAAUUCCCAUCUGGAUUGGUUGCACAGAGGACAAUCUUCAAGUGCCAGCUCAGCCGGUUGAGGAGGUCCCCCAAAGCGAGUUUGUUGUCGAAGAUGAGCCGUUGGAAGAACUCCCCGAGUUUGAAGUCGUCCACACUGAAGACGUGCGCGAGCAGCCGUAUUGGGUGGAUAGGAUUAACACGGACACAUAUUUCACUGAACAGGAGAGAAUGAACUAA